UCAAGGCGCGUAUGGUCGGCUACUAUAACCUGAGCUAAUGCGCAUGCUUCAGAAAAUACCACGCUCACUGAUUGUUAUAUUUACGAUAAACCAGGAAAGAGCGAUACAAACGCAAAUAUGGGUCGCAAGAUACCGGCGAAGAAACACCGAGGUAUCAAGGAUCCCGAAAAACAGCGUGCCAAGCGCUUAGCAGAGUUAGAGUCGCGUACAAAUGCGGCACCAAAGGACACGGAUGAGCAGGCAAUCCCGAAGAGUCUCGAACACGUAAUCAAAUUAAAGGAAGCUGCAAAGAGUAAUAAUGGCAUUCUAAAAAGAAAGCGAAAGAAGAAGAACGCGCUCAUCUGCGUAGGUCAGCAACAUCCUAAACUAAGUUUACAUCCAAAAGCAAAGCCAGAGAAAAUUGUACCGGUGUUUCAGCAGCGAGUAGAUGAAUCUGGUGAACAAUUUUUGCACAGAGUUUCCAGGGACACACAUGCCUUUCUCAAGGAGACUGCAUUUGAGAAGAAGUAUGGUGUCCAGAUUGAACGGAACUCUGAAACUGGUCAAAUCCAGGGUCUAACAAAGUGCAAACGCGAAAAGGACGAUGUAGAAAUGUUGCGAGCCAAACAUAAAAACAUCAAGAAAAAAAAGAAGACGACUGAGAGCCCUUUAACCAAGAGCGAGAAACGAAAGCUGAAGUUGCAAUUGAAGAAAGAAAAAAAAGUAGAGGAUAUUGACGAGUUUAAAAAUUUGCGAGACAAGGUUGCCUUUAAUGAAGUAGUUCAUGAACCUCCAAAGUUAAAUAUCAAAUCGAAGAAAAUUAAUGAAGAGAGAAAACCGAAGAAUUUGUUGCUUAAUUCGCUAUUGGAAAAUUCUAAGCCUUCUUCCAUUUCCAAAGUGAUUGAUCGAUCUGGAAAGAGGAAAAACUUACCUGUGAUAGAGAGAAGAAAACUGGAGAAACAACAGAACGAAGCUAUUGCUGCCUACAGACAACUGAAAUCCGAGCGAUUGGCUAAUAGAAGCUGCUAGGAGAAUUACAAUGGGGUCUUCUUUGCUAGAAAAAUGUAAGCGAUAAUGAUUUUCAAUUGCAACAUUUGGAUCCAAUUUAACCCGUGGUCCAGACAAAAGGUUCAAGUCUCUCUUCUAUCGGUAACAGAUUGUUGAGUGUCUCUAGGCUCUCGAGAGUUUGAUUAAGAAGCGAGUGGCAUCUGGUGAGUUGGCGGCUGAGUUCGUGUAUCUUGUUCAGCUGUUCGGCGAAUCUAGCAAACUUCUUCUGCCGAUCAACAGCAAAAUUCAACGUCUUAACGAAUUCCGCUUCUAUAUUAGUGCACAGAGUGACUUGUUCCGCGGCUGUUGUCUGCGCGUUCGUAUUAAGAUGAUGUUGAUAACGCGCGCAAAGGUUGAAUAGGCCAACGGGAUCAAGUCUCUCCAGGACUUCGGGAUCGCGCACACCCGGCGGAUCUGCUUGAGCUGGCUUCACCACCACAAUAUUAUGAAUCUUAUUAUCCGAUGUAUUAGUCUUUGUGUGUCUGAUAGAGGAAUAGAAAAAAGAUUAAAUUGAUAAAAUGCUAUAUUAGAUUGAUAUAUAAGAUAUAGUAUUCCUAAAAUUUUAAUUCUAUGAGACAUUUAAUAAAAUAAAUCUAGUCUAGUAAUAAAGUAUUACAUAUUGUUUGCAUAUAUGUUAAAGGGGCAUAGUUUUUUUAUAUGCAUGAGAAAAUAAAAUUGAGAAUGUUAUUUGGCAAUAUGUGAAAUUUAUUGUUGUUUUUUAAUUAUAUAUUCGAUG